UCUAUUUUCAACUGGACACACUGGGGAGGAGGCACAGCUGCCAGAAUUAUAGCAGUGGCUGCAAUCUUCUUGGGUAUGGACUUGCAGGCUCUGGAUCUCCCAGAUCCUUGGGACACCUACACCAUGGUUGGCUUUGUUCUAUGGCAUGUCUGCAUAGACAUCUUGCUGGAGCUGCACAGUUUCUGUCACCUGCGCCAUGAAUCUGGAAAAGCAGAUGAUCAGACUCUGAUGCUAAAUCCUUCCUUUAAUGGGGAAGAGGGACACACCUUUAAGAAGAUUGUGCUGACAAUAUACAUCUGCGGAAACUUUGCCUUUUUGAUAACAUUCCUGGCUGCAAUCUACCAACUUUGA